GACCGGGCGAAGACGUAAGGAUUAGCUAGCUAGCUCAACCGUCCAGGAAGACGGGUCCAAUAAAACAUCUAGCUAGCUAGCUAGGUUGCUAAAAAAAUCUUUAUAGUGGAAAAUGGCGACGGGCAACGUCAACCCGUUUAAUCUUAGCGAUUCUGAAGACGAGGCAGAGCAGAGACAAGAGGAUGGGGUUGACACGGAAAGGAGCCCAAGCGAUGGAGCGCCAGGGCCCCCGUCCAAUAAUCCCUUCUCCCCGCAGGCUGACGCGGAGCACCCGGCCCUUCUGCUGUCCAGCACACGGACCAGCCCUAGUGUGGAAGGCAUCUCGGUAGCGGCCGCUGCUGCCACCAUGGCAGGCGGCUUGGCAGAGACUCGGGUAUCGGUAGAUGUGAUUGCCGCUCAGUUAAUACGGGACCAAUACAUCCUGACGGCCCUAGAGUUUCAUACCGAACUGUUGGAGGCGGGGAGGGAGCUUCCCCGGUUGCGGGACUAUUUCUCAAACCCGGGCAACUUUGAGAGGCAAAGCGGCACACCGCCGGCUUGUAAAGACCAAGGACUGGGUCCAGGCGGACCGCUAAACCGAGCAGGCAGCAUCAGCACGCUGGACUCUCUGGACUUUGCCCGUUACUCUGACGACGGAAACCGGGAGUCAGACGAGAGGGUGGCAGUGCUGGAGUUUGAGCUACGGAAAGCCAAGGAGACCAUUCAGGCUCUACGCGCCAACUUGACUCAGGCAGCAGAAAGCGACACUCGAGAGAGAAGCAAGAACUACAAUUCAAAUCCUGAGAUUCAGGAACCAAUCCGCCCGUUGGAAAAGCGAGCCUUAAACUUCCUUGUCAAUGAAUAUUUAUUAAAGAAUGAAUACAAACUGUCAGCCAUCACGUUCUCUGAUGAAAAUGAUGACCAGGACUUUGAGUUGUGGGACGAUGUGGGGCUGAACAUCCCGAAGCCUCCAGACCUGUUACAGAUCUACAGGAACUGUGGCUCUGCCCUUCCUUCGCCGCGGGAUACCGUGGACGUGGCCGUGGGGGUGGAGUCAGGCGAGCUCACUGGGAACUACAUUACCCAGAAGCCUGAUCUCUUGCAGAAGCAGCAGAUGGAGGUUGUUGAGGAGCUGGAGUAUCAAAUCAGUCUGCUCAAUAAGGAGAAACAGAGUCUGGCCGACCAGAUCAAGAAACUACAGAGUGAGAUCCAGAGUCUGAGACGGACAGUGUCCACACAUCCACCUGAUCAGUCCUCAGAGACACACCCCUCCUCCAUCCCUCCCCAGAGUCCCCAUGACAACGGUCAGUACCUGGACGUCAGGGGAGCCUCAGAACCCAACAGCCGCCCCGCUGAGAGCAACCCCCCCACUCAGACCGUCAGUCCCCCUCCACAAACCAUUACACAACCCCAUGCUAAGCUAAAGAGCAGAGAGUCGGUGGUGUUUGACCAGCCCAACAGAAAAUUGUCCCCGGCGUUUCAGCAGGCCCUGCUGUCCUUCUGUAAGAUGUCAGCUGACAGUCGUCUGGGGGCAGAGGUGUCCAGGAUAGCGGACAGUGAGGAGAGUGUCAUGUUGAUGCUGGGACGCUGCCUCCCUCACAUUGUCCCCAAUGUCCUCCUGGCCAAACGCGAGAGAAUGGUAGCACACCUGUGCCAGGAGUUGAUUCCUCUCAUCCUGUGCACUGCUUGUCUCCACCCGGAGCCCAAAGAGAGAGACCAGCUUCUCCACAUCCUCUUCAACCUCAUCAAGAGACCAGAUGACGAACAGAGGCAGAUGAUCCUGACCGGGUGUGUGGCAUUUGCCAGGCAUGUGGGUCCGACCAGAGUAGAGGCUGAACUCCUCCCACAGUGUUGGGAACAGAUAAAUCAUAAGUAUCCUGAAAGGAGGUUGUUAGUUGCAGAAGCCUGUGGAGCCUUGGCACCAUACCUCCCUAAGGAGAUUCGGAGUUCCCUGGUGCUGUCCAUGCUGCAGCAAAUGUUGGCUGAAGACAAGGCGGAUAUGGUCAGAGAGGCAGUGGUCAAAAGCCUGGCUAUCAUCAUGGGAUACAUCAAUGACCCGGACAAAUACCCACAGGGUUUUGAGCUGAUGUUGCUGUCUCUGGGCGACCCGUCUGAGAGGGUAGUGAGUGCAAUCCAUCAGGUGUUCAUUCCAGCGUUCGCAGCCUGGACCAUAGAGCUGGGAAACCUACAGACCACUCUCAUCCCCUCUCUGCUGGCUCGCAUAGAGACACUUCUCAAGAAUGAACACGGUCUGGAUGAACACAAGCUCCACAUGUUGCUGUCGGCCCUGCAGUCUCUCAUCCCUCCUCUGUUCUCCGUGGUGCUUCAGAAUGCCCCCUUCACACACAGGGUCAACCUCCAGGGUCACACACCUCCCAUUGAAGUGACCCGGUUCCCUCGUCCCGCGUCCCCCCUGCAGGAUGUGGCGACAAUCGUGGGCAGCCGGGAGACCCUGAGCGCGCUCCUCAUCCUGUACGACUACCAGCUGGAACACGAGGGAACCACUGGAUGGGACAGUUUGCUGUGGGUGGUCAACCAGCUUCUUCCCCAGCUGAUCGACAUUGUGGGCCGGGUCAACGUCACUUCUACUACGUGUGUCCACGAGUUCUCGCGCUUCUUCUGGAGGCUCUGUCGCACGUUUGGCAAGAUCUUCACCAACACCAAGGUGAAGCCACAGUUCCAGGAGAUCUUGAGGCUCUCUGAGGAGAAUGUGGAUGCUUUAACUGGGAAUGGGAUCCUGACCAAGGCCACUGUUCCCAUCUACGCUACUGGAGUACUGACAAGUUACAACCAGGAGGAGGACCGUAAGCUGCUGGUUGGUUUUCUAGAGGAUGUCAUGACAACCUUGUCUCUGUCCCACGCCCCUCUGGAUAGCCUCAAAGCCUCCUUUGUAGAGCUGGGGGCUAACCCAGUCUAUCAUGAGUUGUUACUGACAGUCCUGUGGUAUGGUGUUGUCCACACGUCUGCUCUGGUUCGCUGUACGGCUGCUCGCAUGUUCGAGCUGCUGGUGAAGGGGGUGAAUGAGACGCUGGUGGCUCAGAGGGUGGUGCCUGCUCUCAUCACUCUCUCCAGCGACCCUGAAAUGGACAGUGAGGCUUUGCAACAUGAAUCGGUUUCCAAUUCGGUCAGGAUAUCUACUAUACCUGCCUUCGGCACCAUCAUGGAGACUGUCACCCAGAAAGAGUUGCUGGAGCGUGUGAAGAUGCAGCUGGCGUCGUUCCUAGAAGACCCACAGUACCAGGACCAACACUCUCUACACAUGGAGAUCAUCAGGACCUUCGGACGGGUCGGCCCCAACGCCGAACCACGCUUCAGAGACGAGUUUGUUCUGCCCCACCUCCACAAGCUGGCGCUGGGUAACAAUGUCCAGCCCUCAGAGAGUAAGAGAAUAGACAUCGCUACUCAGCUGUUUGAGGCCUACAGCGCUCUGUCCUGCUGCUUCAUUUCAGAGGAACUGAUGGUGACUCAUUUCCUGCCUGGCUUGAGGUGUCUGAGAGCCGACAUGGAGCAGCUGUCCCCUGAACACGAGGUGAUCCUUAGCUCCAUGAUCAAGGAGGGGGAGACAAAAGUGGAGAACCGAGGCAUCGGACAGGCUGAGGGCUCGGUGUCCAUCGCGGCCAGUCUGGUGGGCGAGGACGCCAAGACCAAGUUCCUGAGUAAGAUGGGUCAGCUGACCACGUCUGGCGCCAUGCUGGCCAAUGUGUUCCAGAGGAAGAAGUGAUUCCCCUCCGCCGCCCACUUGCCCCGGCGCCCAGUGCACUACAUAUCCCAUGAGCCUCCAGGUUUCUAGGAGCGCCGGCCCGGCCGCCAGCGAUAGGCCGAGGCCUCUGUCAGAACACCUUUUAAAUGCACCCUUUCACUCCGACCUGGCUGGACACGGGAGAGCCACGAGGUCGAGCCCUCGCACGGGAGGGAGGAAGAAAUGCCCUUUUCUUUUUUGACGUAUUCAGUCGGGGUGUAUAUCAUUAGUCUGAAGUUGCUUCCUCUCCUCUUCUCACUGAGAACAUGUGCGGGGGGGGGAGGAAGCCGUUCUAGAACAUUUAGAUACACCCACAGAACAUUUGACCAAGCCGGGUUUGAUUUUGAAUUUCAACGGGGGCCAUGUUGGCACCAAAAACUUUCUGAACGUGGCGGUCCAGUGUAGUUAGAAGGUGCGUGCUGUUCUGAGUCAGAAUGUGAUUGUCCAGGAUUCUUUUGGUGUCGACAUGGAGAGGAAUUGUUAACUAACUGAUGUCUGUAUGUUCAUGGCUCUGGGGAAUCACCUACUUGAAGUCAAAAUUAAUCUGCCUUUAUUUCAUUACGUUUCACUGUUGUUCUUGCCGUCUCUAUUUUGUAAUUUAUUUAUGUCUUAAGAUUUUAUUUCAACCUCCAAAGAAAUUUGCACUUCACUUUUUAAUUAUUUUUUCUUUAUUCUCUGUGUUUUGAUUUCCAAUUAAUGUUAUUAUAAACAAUAUGAUAUACAGUAAGUGGUCUUUGUCACCUACCAUUCAUUGACUUUGUGGGUUUCUGUUGGAAAUGUGAUGAUUAACAAAAGAGAACACGGAUUCCUUCUCUCCCAAUCUCGUUCUGCCUCUGUGUGUUGCGGUGUCUGUCGGCUCUUUUCUAAUAGCUGUUGUGAUUUUGGGUUGAAAAACCGUCCUGUUGGGACAAGCUCAACAGGUGAACGCUUGUAUGACACUCAGUGGACGAGGUUGGUACCCAUAUGAUUAUGUACAUUUGAAAUUGGUGUCGUGCAAUAGUAAAGACUAAAACAAUGAUGUACUUAUGUA